AGUACAUCACUCAGAAUUUCAAGAUUACUAUUACAUCAUGAGAUAUCAAAAUGAGUUCAAGUCAUGUACGCCGACAGCUGGAUAAAUCUAAUACGGCCAGAAUAUUAGUUUGUUACGUUUUCGCCGUAUUUCUCCCUAUAUUUGCAUGUGGCAUCGUUCAAUCGAAAACACCGUCUCAGCCAGAAGUCAAUUAUUUGCUACAUAGAAUCGAUCAUGGCCUCUCCCUUCUUCAUGGUCUCAAACUGGUCAUGGCCGUAAACUGGGUUUUGGUAUUCCUGGCGUUCAGUGUGUUCUUCUUUCUUGGGGCAAGAGAAUGGUAUUUUGCACUCUUAGGGACACUGAAUCUGGCCCUGACCACUGUUAUUGUGGCCGGGAUAGCGAUGCAAUCAAAAGUCCUCCCGCAUACCUUUGCUGGUUGCAAUAGCUUAGCAGCAAGCUGGCGUGAGGCCUUGCCAAUGGACAUGAGGGACUCCCCUACAGCCAGCGAAGCCUCGCUGCAUUCUGCUUGCAAGAGGAUGGUUGAGCAUUGGGCCUUCGCAGUUGCCAUAGUGGUCCUUUACUUUCCCUAUUCUUUACUUAUGAUAUUCCACGGUGUUCGAGGAAUCAUGCAUCCUCGUCCGCCUCAGAAUUCGCGCUCCAUGAAUACUAAAUCUCUCAGAAUUCAAGCGGCCAUUUAUUUCGCUUUCAGGUACACAGCAAAGCUCUUUCAGCGGGUUAAGCCUCGGAGUGGAAAACAACCAACACAGGUAGUGACGCGAGAGGCCAACGGGAUUAACCGACGCUCGAAUAUAUUUACCAGGCUCCGUCGUGGCGAGAAAUCUACUGCCUUAUCUCUACGUGUCCUGCCUUCUAACGUACUUCUCAAGAUUGCUUCAUAUACUCAUUACGUGGAUAUAGUCAACCUACACACUGCCUAUGGCAGUCUUUUCCUCGCCUAUAUUGGGGAUAAUGAAGAAGAGUCUAAGCUUGAGGAGCUUCGAAUGUAUAGCUGCGCAUCAGAGCAGGCAAAACAAGAGUGCAGACUUUGCAGAGCACAAAUAUGCGAGUCAUGCUGGAUAUCCGUUCCCGUCCCGCAAACAAUAAUACGUACGCAUUUGGAAUCAUGCAAGCCAAGUUGCUCUCGUUGCUUCUAUAAAAACUACAGUCUGAAUGUGUCUGACUGGUGCAAUAUGGACGCUAUCGCAAACAAGCGAUCUCAGCCUCAGCAUGGUCAAUAUAAUCAGCAUAAGAACGUCUGCCGAGGUUGUGCGGCGAUGACCGACUCGGAAAGGCUCCGGAUGGUGGAACUACAGGAUAAGGCGGAGAUGCACAGGUUCUCCAAGGAAUCCUUGUUCUGUGCAGAUUGCAAGGUCAAGUUGCCGCCAUCGGGUCCACGUUGGUGGAUUUGUCUUUGUGGAGAGGAGUGCCGUCAUCAUAUUCAUCCCCCGUGGGGCCUUGGGAGCAAUAGUUAGGGCGCACAUGGUUGUAAUUGGAUAAACAUUGACUACUUCAAGAUCGUCGGCGGAGUACAGAUCUCUAAUGGUAAUGAUUUGCAUGUUUUACGAUGAAAGGAUAAUGCACAUUAGCACAACUGUAACAGUUAUCAUUUCCGAAGGGCAGCACGUGGCUCAAGCUCG